GGUCAGUUCGAAAUGGAAACAUUCUGGUACCGCAUCUUAACGAAGCUGACGAACUUACGGUCAGUGUCUGCCUCCACGAAAGAACCGUAAUAGAGCUCAAUAACGUGACUUAUUCCCAAGAUGGCGGUGCUGACGUCAUCGGCGUUUACCUGGAUGGAAAUGAGGUAGGAACCUUUCAAACGCAUUCGUCAUCGGACUGGGGUAAAUUUUGGGAAAUAUCCCACACGUCAGGCUUCGUUGGUCGCUCGGGGAUGCUUCAGUCGGGAAAACACGAAAUCAGACUGAAGGUUCUCAAUUCCAUGGAUUGCUUCGGGGUGGACGUGUGGUCGAUGCAGGUAAGCGUAUUUACGAUUGUGAAUCCCACAUCGGUGUGGUGUGACAGCGGCUACAAGCUGGCUACGAAGAAAUGGGAAUGCAUGUCAGAGGAGGAAAAGUCGCUAUUAGCUCAGCAAGACUCCACGAGUACUCCGACGACGUUCUCGACGACAACGGAGACCCCGACGUUCGCGCGGUUGACGCAGCACAGCUUCCGGUCGGACUGCGUGGAUCGGAAGAACAUACGCAUCGCCUUUACAACGAGGGAUUUAGCGCGAACUGAGUUAACCUUCCGGCAACAGGGCGACCUUCAAGCCGUCGUUAACUCCAGUCAUCAAUCCACGCCGCGUUUCUGCGACACCGAUAUAUGGCAAAUUGGUAACAUAGAUAAUGACAAUCGAGAACUGUCCUCCAUUUAUGAGGGGACAGAGCUUCACAUCAAUAUUACUAACGUGGAAAAUCCGGGAUCCAAAUUUCCGAUCAAGUUACUUCCAUUUGUGACUUCUGAUAUAUACAUCCAUUAUGUCUUGCCGCACGAAAUCGAAAUGCGACAAGGUUCGGCGUUUCUGACUCUAGGCUUGAUCAAUCUUACCAAGUCCGUAGAAAUCGGGAUGCGCUAUUUCGAUCACAGAAUAAACGAGUUUUCGAACAGCCACGUGGUCCAUUUCAACAGGAUCUACCAGGUAAUGGGCUGGAACAUUCCGAUGCUCGGCGCUACUGGAGGGGAGCAACACUCAAUACAUCUCCAUUUCGAAACAGAAGCUAACUUGAUAAUGUUUGAUUUCCUGAAGAUGCAAUUCAACAAGCGGGACCGGCGUCUUAUUAACGAGAUAGUCGCGCGCAAAGGGGCGUGGAUAGUGAGGGGCUUCCGCACCGCAGACACCGCCGGCACCGGCAUGCGAAUAUCUGUUAAUAACGCAACUGCGACUGACAAUUAUGAAGAUGUAAUGCUUCUCUAUCAAAGAAGUCCGUUUAGUUUAUACGAAACCGUUGCGAAAAUUAGUUCUAACGGAAUGAUUUACCCCUACAAGAUGUUCCACGUCAGUGUAGGCGAAUUGGAGCGUUUGCUGAAAGACGUAACUGGGAUUUAUGUGACUUCAAAUGCCGAUGUAAGUUCACUUCCGGUUCAAGCAGGCGUACAGACGAUUGACGUGCGGACGGAUACAGGAGAGGUAGUAGUGAAAUACCGGGACGAAUCGACACUGACGUUUUCCUUAACGUCAACGCUCUCGUUUACAAAGCUGACGAUUAUUUCGUACUCAGCGCCCGGAAAUGACCUCAAUAUAGGCAGAAGGGGUCCGCAGACAUUGGUCUUCUGCUCGACGAACGCGAAUCACCGCUACAAUGCCGUUGACACGAUUUCUACCGGGUCAAGGGACCGAGACAUUCUCGGCGACAUAGAGCCGCUCAGCCGGCAAUACAGCUACGUUAUUUCAAAGAAGUCAGGGAACACUUUGUUUUACGCGAACAAUUUCAUUGAAAUAGAUUUCCCGAACUAAUCAUGUAGAACUACGGUAAAUGUAGACGCUGUUUUGAACAUAGUAAUAUCGGUGAAGCCAAGUAAACCUCUUUAUCUCGUAUGUGUUUGUGUAUUUAUGCGUUAACAACGGCGGAAAAUUACGAAUAUUUAAGACUGAAUUAUAUCAUGGAAUGAAUUUGAUUAUACGUGCAGUUUUGGAGCGUUUCGUGUGAAGGUUUUCAUAAAUGGGCGUAUUGUCACAUAUGUUAAUAUUUCUAAGAAUUGUAAAUAUUUUAAUACAUUUACUUAAACAAAAAAAUAUAUAUACAUUAUUUCUGUUAUAUUUAUAAUGACCAACCAUGAAGUACAUGUAUUGAUGUAGUUACAAAAUAUGGGCAUUCAGAUAAAUACUUGUCAGUAUGUGUGUGUAUAUCGCUGUGCCUGAAUGUAUUUGUAUGCAUCCACAGUUUUCUCUGCGUUUGUGCUACGAUUUCUGGUGUACCUUCUUGUGGAUGCUAGGACUUACAACAGAUAUACGUGUUGUCAGAUACACAAAUCGCGUCUGCUAACAUUUUAAUAUGCUUACAUGUAUAUUACACACGUGCAGAAACAGCUCUUAGUGCGCUUGGAUUGAACAUGCGACAAUAAGCAAGCUAAGGUUACCAGUUCGUCUGUAAGUGCGCUUUUGUUCCCCAUGCAACUCUAUGUACGCUUGAAUACGCAAUGUGGCCGCAUAUGUGCUUUGAUUUCCAAAGCGACUAUACUAUUGGGUAAGAAACCUUAUUCGACUAUACGUGCGAUUCGAUUCCUAAUGAUAGAGUAGGCGUUCUAAUACUCCCUAUGUAACUAUAUGAUCGUUUGUGUACUUAUAUUUCCAACGCGACUGUUCGCGCUUAGAUUCACAAUGGGACUGAAGGUGUGCUUAGAUUACAAGUGCAACUAUAGGUGCGCUUAGAUUCCCAAUGGGACUGCAGGCGCGCUUAGAUUCCCAAAGCGACUGCAGAUGUGUUUAUAUUCCCAAUUCGACUGUAUGUGUGUUUCGAUUGCUAAUGUGACUAUAGGUGUGCUUUGAUUCCCAAUGCGACUGUAGGUGUGCUUUGAUUCCCAAUGCGACUGUAGGUGUGCUUUGAUUCCCAAUGCGACUGUAGGUGUGCUUUGAUUACCAAUGCGACUGUAGGUGUGCUUUGAUUCCCAAUGCGACUGUAGGUGUGCUUUGAUUCCCAAUGCGACUGUAGGUGUGCUUAUAUUCCCAAUGCGACUGUAGGUGCGCUUAGAUUC